UGGCUCUCAGCACACGCAGCUGCACCCCAGGCCCUCCUGCAACCUCUGAGACAGAGCACCAUGUGGCCCCUGUGGCUCUGCUGGGCACUGUGGCUUCUGCCCCAGGCCGGGCCCGGAUUGGCCCUGACCGGGGAGCAGAUCCUGGACAGCCUGCUGCAGCAGCUGCACCUCCGCCAGGCGCCCGUCCUGGACAGAGCCGACGUGGAGGGCCUGGCCAUCCCUGCCCAUGUGAGGGCCCAGUACCUGGCCCUGCUGCAACACAGCCGCCGAGACCGCUCCCGCGGGAAGAGGUUCAGCCUCAGCCAGAGCUUCCGAGAGGUGGUGGGCAAGUUCCUGCUGUCGGACGCCUCCACGCACCUGCUGGUGUUCGGCAUGGAGAAGCGGCUGCCGCCCAACAGCGAGCUGGUGCAGGCCGUGCUGCGGCUCUUCCAGGAGCCGGUCCCCAAGGCGGCGCUGCGCAGGCACGGGCUGUCCCCGCGCCACGCCCGGGCGCGGGUCACCAUCGAGUGGCUGCGCGUCCGUGAGGACGGCUCCAACCGCACCUCCCUCAUCGACUCCAGGCUGGUGUCCCUCCACGAGAGCGGCUGGAAGACCUUCGACGUGACCGAGGCCGUGACCUUCUGGCAGCAGCUAGGCCAGCCCCGGCAGCCGCUGCUGCUGCUGGUGUCUGUGCACAGGGAGCACCUGGGUCCCGGGGCAUCCAGCGCACACAAGCUGGUGCGUUUUGCCCCGCAGGGGGAGCCUGGCGGCGUGCAGGGCGAGCCGCAGCUGGAGCUGCAUACCCUGGACCUCAAGGAUUACGGAGCUCAGGGCAAUUGUGACCCUGAGGUGCCACUGACCGAGGGCACCCGCUGCUGCCGCCAGGAGAUGUUCGUGGACCUGCAGGGGAUGAAGUGGGCCGAGAACUGGAUCCUGGAGCCCCCAGGCUUCGUGGCCCACGAGUGUGUGGGCAGUUGCCGGCAGCUGCCAGAGCCCCUGUCUUUCAAGUGGCCGUUUCUGGGGCCACGGCGGUGCAUCGCCUCGGAGACUGCCGCAUUGCCCAUGAUCGUCAGCAUCCAGGAGGGAGGCAGAACCAGGCCCCGGGUGGUCAGCCUGCCCAACAUGAGGGUGAAGCAGUGCAGCUGUGCCUCGGACGGGGCACCUGUGCCCAGUAGGCUGGAGCCAUAGCCUCCCCAGUGUAGCUCCUGAGGCCUCUGCCCAGACACGGCCAUAGCGGCAGUCUUAACGUAGGUCUUAUCUGUAUACUUAGUUACCACUGUCCCAAUUUAGUGCCCCCAUGUAGCCUUUGCCCUGUGUUCUUCCACUUCCUGUCCUUGUCCACCGCCCAUCCUAAGCACUUACGUGAGUAAAGAAUGCAGCUGUAGUGGGAGACCCUGGCCUGCUUAUUAAAGGACCAAGCUGAGCAAUGGACAGAUGUUCCGCGGAGAAGUUCUGUUCUCUGGCUGGUUAAUUCUCAACUGAGUGUGGGACAGCAAAACCUUAUGACGAGAACUGAGGAAGCUGAACUGGUUUACUCUAUUCUAUGGUGAAACAAAGGAACAAAAAUCCCUGCUUCUCCUAGACAGGGAGAAUGUCUGAAAAAGAGGCCCCUGUCCUCCCAGAUACUGACCCCUUCGGGACUGUUGUAAACACACCCAAGUUCCCUCUCCCCAGAUAGGGUACCAGGAGGAAGGCUGAGGGCUUCUGGCUGGGGCAGUGGGCAUGGAACCAGGCACUUGACUUCUGCGUCUGGUGGGGCUGCACGAUGGGACUUCAAGCACAUGCAGAAGACUUUGGGCCACCACAUUCUCUUGAAAAGGGAGGAGUGGGCUCCGGCUGCAAGACCUCAUUGCUGCUAGGACCUGCCCUGCCCUUCAGAAACUCAGCACUGAGGGUGCUGCCCUGUUGUAGGGAACUUAGCACCAAAGACCACUGGUCUUUACAUUGUUUUUUUCUUUUUAAUGUAGCAAAAACAACUGAAGGUAGAAAAGCCGAAUAAAUAAAGCAAAACGAUGUUUCA